GCGAUGUGGAGCUGUUUUAGGACUGGGGUUGUUUGUUCCAGGGUCAGGCUUCAGCUCAGUCAGUGGCUGAUCGCCUUCCAACCCGGGGCUUUCCCGAGCUGCAUCUGGCACCACGCGAAUCAAAUGACGACGGUCUCGUGGCAUUCUUUUACUUGACCGCCUGACUCCAGCGUCGACACUAUCAAGAUAGGCAGACAAAUAUUCCAUCCAUUAAGCAACGGCACCCUCGUUGGUUGCAGGUCACUGAUUUCUCCGAAGCUACCCACUUCAGUUGCCGAGUCAGGGCUUCCCGUCAGAGCUUCUCCCUCAGCCUACCGCCCCAUCUUUCCAACCCAUCCACCCUCGCCGACGAGUAUUUCUCCCAUUUCAGAGCAGACAAGGUUGUGAAGGCUCAUUAGGCCGGCGUGUCUAGACGCUGCGAGCAACGACAGCCAACGCCGCUGCUGUCUCCUCGGGUCCGCAUGACGUCGCCGUUAGCAGGACAUCCGGAACGGGAACAUCCCGCAGACAACAAGGACCAGGCACCGCCUUCCAACGUAGCCGGCAAAGGCAAAGAUCAAGCAACGGAUGCACCGACAAACGAGCCGAACGGCCAUGGGCAACAGCAGCAUGGCGACCCGCUCAGCGAGCAGUCGCCUCUGCUCUCCCCAAGCAGCAGCGAAGACGAUGGGCUGAUGGGCAACGAACCCGCGGCCGAGACCUCCGACGAGCACCAGGCCAGCAAGAGCGUCUGGUAUCUCAUCAUUCUGACCAUAAGCAUCGGCGGAUUGCAGAUUGCCUGGUCGGUGGAGAUGUCCAAUGGCUCGCCAUACCUUCUCUCUCUGGGGCUCAGCAAGUCCCUCAUGGCACUGGUCUGGAUCGCCGGCCCGCUAUCGGGGACCUUGGUGCAGCCUUACGUCGGCAUGCUGAGCGAUAAAUGCCGUAUCUCUUGGGGGAAGCGCAAACCCUUCAUGCUAGGGGGUGCUACUGCCACGAUCGUCUCGUUGAUGUUCCUGGCGUGGACCAAAGAGAUUGUCGGCGGCUUUUUGGGACUGUUUGGUGCAGACCCAGAGUCGAACUUUGUCAAGGUCUCCAUCAUUGUCGUGGCCGUGAUUUGGGUCUAUGUUCUUGAUUUUGCCAUCAAUACUGUGCAAGCGGCAAUUCGAGCCUUCAUUGUGGACUGCGCGCCCACUCACGAGCAAGAAAGGGCAAAUGCCAUGGCAAGCCGAUUCGUUGGUCUCGGGAACAUUGUGGGGUAUCUAGCUGGCUACCUAGAUCUUCCCAAGGUCGUAUGGUAUUUCGGUGAUACUCAGUUCAAAGACCUCUGUGCCAUCGCGAGCAUUGCACUCGCCGUCACUAUUGCCAUGACUUGUCUCCUCAUCCGCGAGAGAGAUCCGCGUCUAGAAGGUCCCCCGGCCAAAGACAAGCCAGGUGUGCUUUCUUUUUUCAAGAAGAUCUUCACCUCCAUCAAACGACUUCCGCCCCAGACCAAGAAGGUCUGCCAAGUACAAUUCUGCGCAUGGAUCGGCUUCUUCCCCAUGUUGUUCUACACAUCCGCCUAUAUCGGUGAGAUCUACGCCGAGCCGUUCCUCGAACAGAAUCCCAACAUGACGCCUGAGGAGCUUGACAGGCUCUACGAAGAGGCCACACGGGAGGGAACUUUUGCCCUCCUCAUCUUUGCCAUCAUUGGCUUGGUCACCAACGUUUUCCUUCCCUUUUUCAUCGACCCAGUGUACAUGACGGCCGACGGGCCGGGCGAAGGCCCCGCCGUGCUCAAGGAUUACGGCGAGGAACAGAAAUCCUGGCUCGACUACCUCGUCAUCCCCGGCUUCACCCUCCGCCGCGCCUGGAUGUUUGCCCAGAUCCUCUUCACCGUGUGCAUGCUCUGCACUGUGUUUGUGCGGACCGUUACUGCCGCUACCGUGCUCAUCGGCCUUGUAGGCAUCACCUGGGCCCUGACGCUUUGGGCGCCGUGGGCCAUUAUCAGCGCCGAGAUCUCACGCCGCGACGAGAUUCGCCGUGCGCGCUAUGCCGCCGCCAAAGCCCUCUCGCCGAGCCGGGGCGUGGCGUCGUUGGACGGCUAUUCGUCAGACGAGAACCGCGGCGAGAGAGAGCUUGACGACAACAGCAACGAGGACGAAAGCGCCGACCAGGCCGGCGUCAUCCUGGGCAUUCACAACAUGGCAAUUGCGGCGCCGCAGAUCAUCGCCACCGUGUCGAGCAGCAUCAUUUUCCGCAUCUUCCAGAAACCCCGCGGCGUGCCUGGCGACCAUUCCAUUGCCAUUGUGCUUGCACUGGGCGGCAUCACCGUGUUCAUCUCGGCAUUUUUCAUUCACCGCAUCCGGGACGAGCCUGCGGGCGGCGAGGCCGGCGGUCUCGCCGCGGGAGAGGAGGAUAUGCGCGCGGUCGAGGACGGCGACGCGAGCAUCAGCACGCGGCCCACUUCGGCGCACAGCACACGGUCGAGGUCCAUGGAAGGGCUGCCCAGGGCCAGCCUUGAGAGGGCUGCGCUGGUCAGGAACAAGAGCUUUGGCGGCAUGGAGUACUAAUAUGAAAGCAGAGAAGCAACGCCUCGGACCUGGACGAGGCGUGUACCGGGUCGAAUUUGUUUUAUUCUAGAUGGGGCAAACUGUAUUAUCUGGAGUUGGAUUGUACUGCGUAGAUUGUGGUAAGUCUUUUUUUUUUUCCUGCCUUGUCUUCUCCUUUCUGAUUAUAUAGGAAGUGGAAAGGGGAAAGAAUGGAAGCUGUCGCAUACCGAAUCUGUUUGUUUUGGGAGUUGGGACGGCGCAGGACACGGACAUGAGGGUUGUGGAUACAUUGGGGAGUCAGAACAUACUUACUUACCUACAUCUUGUCGUGUCUCUCUAGAGGUGAAGUGUGGUCAGAAGUUACUUACCUACUUAGGUGCUUUUCAGAUCCGGUUUCUGCGGCGUUGGAUUGAGGACAAUGCGUCCAUGGGCGGUAUAUACUAUAUAUCUCAAUUCCUGCUUGAACGCUCA